AUGAAUGCCAACGGCAAUCCUGUCCUGUUGAAGCAUGGAUACCUCAAGAGGAAGACUGUGAUCGGUUGGGAACGGAAGUAUUUCCGCCUCCUGGAGGAUGCGCUCUUCAUGUUUGUAUCGCACACCAACAACAUCCCCCAGCAAGAUGUGUCUCUGCUGGGAGGGAGUGUGGAAGAUGUCUCGUGGAAGUUGAAGAAGAAUUGUUGCAUCCUCGUGCAGACAGAGAAAGACGGCAAGAUCUACCUCAACUGCGAGAACAACACUGAGUUCAAGGAGUGGUAUGAUGCUCUCUACUUUGCUACCACAGUCUCGAAGCUUGCCGAGUACUGCAGCCCGUAA